AGACACGCCUUUCUCCGAUCGUCGGGCUCCACUUGCACGAUCUCGAAUGUUCAUUAAAAGAGCCCCCGAUGCGUCCCUCGCGACGCUUCCACUUUAACGCCGAGCAUGACCACGAAAAUGCGCUCACACGAACUCACGGACGACUGGCAGUUUAGGCAAGCGGAUGCUGGCGAAUGGCUCCCCGUCAAGAGAGUGCCCACGAAUGUGCACCUGGACUUGAUUGACAACCAUGUCAUUGAUGAUCCAUUUUUCGCCUUCAACGAGCUGAAGUGUCAAUGGGUCGGCGAGGCGACAUGGGUCUAUCGGUUGGCUCUCCCCGAUAUCAGCCAACUCGGUAGUCACUCCACGCAUGUCCUGGCAUUCGAUGGGCUGGAUACUUUCGCAAUCGUCAGGCUCAACGGCAAGGAGAUCCUCAGGAGCGAUAACAUGUGGAUCAUGCACCGCGUCGACAUCACUAAACACCUUCACUCUUCCAACAAUGGUAACUUCCUAGAGAUCGAGUUUGCACCAGCGCUUGUCGAGGCACGUCGCAUCAAAGACGCCCAUCCAAAACACCGAUGGGUCGGCUUCAACGGCGAAAUGUCCCGUCUUGCCGUUCGGAAGGCGCAGUAUCACUGGGGUUGGGACUGGGGCCCAGUUCUCAUGACAUGUGGCCCGUGGAGGGCGGUGCGAUUGGAGUCUUACACAGCUCGAAUCGACGACAUCCGUGUCGACUAUGAGCUAAGUCCCGACCUACGGAAAGCCACUGGAACUAUACGGGUAAAGACUGAAGCGGCGAAGGGCAUGACUGUCAGUUUCAAUGUCAAGUUGAACGGCGCCGAGGUGUUUGCCGAAAGAACAUGCAUCGAUCACGACGGGCAGGCCAGCGUAGAAUUCUAUGUGGACCAGCCCAAGCUCUGGUAUCCUCACGGCUAUGGCGCACAGCCGCUGUACGAUUUGCGUGCCACCCUUCUGCACAAUGGCCAAGAGCAACAUUCAGUGUCCCGAAGGACUGGACUCCGGCGCGCUGAGCUAGUUCAAGAGCCCGACGAGUCGGGAAAGUCAUUCUACUUCCGCAUCAACAAUAUUGAUGUGUUCUGCGGUGGUUCAAACUGGAUCCCUGCCGAUAGCUUCACCCCCCGAGUGACAUCCGAAAAGCUCCGCGGCUGGCUGCAGAUGAUGGUCGACGGUUACCAAACGAUGAUUCGCAACUGGGGCGGCGGCAACUGGGAGGAAGACGAGUUCUACGAUCUCUGCGACGAGCUCGGCGUGCUCGUGUGGCAGGACUUCAUGUUUGGGUGCGGCAACUAUCCUGCUUUCCCCGAGAUCCUGUCCUCCAUCGAGCGUGAGUCGGUGUGUCAGAUGAAACGCCUGCGCCAUCAUCCGUCGCUUGUGAUAUAUGCUGGAAACAACGAGGACUAUCAAGUGCAAGAAUCCUAUGGCCUGACAUACGACUACGAAGACAAAUGCCCGGAGAGCUGGCUAAAGACUGAUUUCCCCGCCCGGUACAUUUACGAAAAGUUACUGCCAGAAGUUGUUGCUGCACACUGCCCUCACGUAGUGUACCACCCCGGCUCGCCGUGGGGCGAUGGCAAGAUCUCCUCUGAUCCCACGGUGGGCGACAUGCAUCAGUGGAACGUGUGGCAUGGUACCCAAGAGAAGUACCAAAUCUUCGACACGCUGGGAGGUCGAUUCAACAGCGAGUUCGGCAUGGAGGCCUUCCCACACAUCGACACAAUCCGAUCCUUCGUUGAUGAUAUUUCCAAGAUCAACCCUCAGAGUCAGAUAAUCGACUUCCACAAUAAAGCCGACGGCCACGAGCGCAGGAUCGCAACGUACCUGGUCGAGAACUUCCGGCUUCAGACGGACUUUAAGAAAUACAUCCAUCUCACGCAGUUGAGCCAGGCCGAGGCACUGAUGUUCGGCUAUCGUGGCUGGCGCCAUCAAUGGGGUGGCAAGGUCCGUCACUGCGGUGGUGCGCUCGUGUGGCAGCUCAAUGACUGCUGGCCAACCAUCUCCUGGGCGAUCGUCGACUACUAUCAACGUAAGAAGCCAGCCUACUACGCCAUGCGACGAGUGCUCGCUCCUAUAGCUGUUGCAGUGAAGCGCGAGCACCACGACUGGAGUGUAGUCCACGCUCACCCCGCCAAAAGUAGCACCUACCAGUGCUGGGUCUCAAGCUCGAGACUGGUCGAUGUCGAGGCUACAGUGGAGCUACGCUUCAUCAGUAUCCAAACGGGCAAGGAGAUCAAAGAACGAAUAACGAAGAAACAGGUCACAAUUGCAGCGAAUCACUCGACCGAGAUUUGCGAGGGCGUGAUCGACCACGAGCACGAAGAGCCGCACGUCUUAGCCGCGCGGAUAUGGAUCGGCGACGAGGUCGUUGCGCGAGACGUGGACUGGCCUCAACCUUUGAAAUACCUCGAUUUCUGCGAUCGAGGAGUCAAAGUCAAGCGGAAAGGAAACGAGGUCACCGUCACUGCCGAGAAGCCGACUAAAGGCCUGGUUUUUGAAGAGCGAGAGGGACUGUUGAUCAGCGACAGUGCCAUUGAUGUCGUCCCUGGCGAUGAACAGGUUCUGACGGUGCGGGGGUUGGGGCCUGAGGAUAAGGAUUUGGACUGGCUGUAUCUGGGAGCGCCAUAGAGUUGCAUUUCGUUAACUCGCAUAGAAGCCGGCAUAUACAGAGUCUACUCGUUGUUUGUUGACUCGGACAAAGAUGUAUUUGAAGUGCGCUCAGAUGGAACGAGCUACCUUCCUAUUCUGGAUGCGCUGCAAACAAGGCUGCGUGCUCCGAGUGAACAUUUCUUCAGUUUCGUGUCUGUCACGCAUUCUCCCUGU